AUGCGUUUGAACUGCCGCCGGUCGGCCGUCAAUCAGACACUCACUCUGUCUACUGUAAUUGUUGAGAAGACGAGUGACACAGACGGACGGACACGGACAGAUUGGCCUGUCAGAAAGUAUGAGCAUUUGCUGGAGCAAAUUGAACAGCCCCUUUAUCAGACUUUUAUUAUGAGAAAAGUUAUGAGCGAAAUCCCUGCGUACGACGACCUCGUCUCUCCCGGCAGGCGGUAA